AUGGUCGUGGUCUCAGACGUCCAGAGGGCCUGGGAGGCCUGUGAUCGGACAGACACGGUCUUCAUUCUGGUCUGCACCGUCUUCUGCUGGCCCAUCAUUCCCGCUGUUGGACUCGGCUACAGCGGGUAUUCUACGCGACGAAGUGGCCUUGCCUCGUUUAUUCCAGCCGUCUUGACCGUCUGCGUCUGCACCAUCCAGUGGUUCAUCGUCGGCUAUGCCCUCGCUUAUGGGGAUGGCCCCGGCGGCGUCAUUGGCGACCUCAAGUAUGCUUUUCAUCGAGGCGUGCUGGCCGAACCUGUCGGGAGUAUUCCGGCCGUGCUGUUCAGCGAGUUCCAGCUGGUGUUUCUAGCCACGGUCUGUGCCAUUGCCAUUGGAGGCGCUUGUGAACGUGGUCGCAUUCUUCCCUUGAUUCCCUUCAUCUUUCUUUGGUCCACCUUCAUCUACUGUCCUCUUGCUCACAUGGUCUGGGGCGGAGGGUUCCUCAGUGAGCUUGGGGUGCUUGACUUUGCUGGUGGGACGCCGGUGCACAUCUGCAGUGGCGCAACGGCCAGUGCGAUCAGCCUCUACCUCUCUUAUCCGGUGUUUCGCUCCCGAAGAUCCGAUGUCCGAACGCCUUCUCAUCUCAAGUUGCAUCGGCCGCACAAUUCCAUGUGUCAGUUAUUGGCCAUGAUCAUCAUCUGGGGUUCGUGGUUGGCGUUUGAUGCUGGCACCACCCUCACCCUCAGCUUCCAGUCGGUCAUGGCGCUCUGCGUGACGAAUCUGUGUGCCUCGGCCGGUGCCUUGACGUGGGCGUCCAUCACCUACUUCGAGACCGGUCGAUGGUCACUCGACUCGACGUUCAUGGGCGCCAUCGCCGGUCUGGUCAUGAUUACUCCCGCAGCGGGUUUCAUCGACAUUCCAACCUCGCUCUGCUUCGGCAUCUUUGGAGCCGUCGUCUGCCGCCAGGCUUUGCGCAUCAAGUUCACCGACUUUGCGCGAAGAGUGCGCUGGGUCGACAAUGGGGACACCUUUGCCACCCACUGCGUCGGCGGCUUUCUCGGUACCAUCGGCACCGGACUCUUUGCCCAAAAGGCCGUGGCCGCCUAUGGAGGAGUCGAAGUGGACGGUGGUGUAUUUUUUGACGGCAACAUUCGCCAACUAGGGAUCCAAAUCGUCGAGGCACUGAUCGGCUUCACCUGGUCAUUCGUGGGAUCGUUUGUGAUCAUCGCCCUGAUCGACUGCAUUCCGGGCCUCGAGGUGCUCGCAGAGGAUAAGGAAGUCAAUAUGGGGAUGGAUGCAUCUCAAAUGGACGAGAGCCUGUACGAGGCACAAUGGGCCGGGGAAGAGGACUAUAAGCCUCUACCCAAUGGCAAUAUCGUGUUGGACUAG